AUGACCGAUGAAAAACCCAAGGAAGGAGUCAAGACUGAGACCAAUGAUCAUAUUAACUUGAAGGUGGCGGGGCAGGAUGGUUCUGUGGUGCAGUUUAAGAUUGAGAGGUAUACACCACUUAGUAAACUAAUGAAAGCCUAUUGUGAACAACAGGGUUUGUGGAUGAGGCAGAUCAGAUUCCGAUUUGAUGGGCAGCUAAUUAAUGAAACAGACACACCUGCAGAGUUGGAAAUGGAGGAUGAAGAUACAAUUGAUGUGUUCCAGCAGCAGACAGGAGGUGUCUACUAA